CAAUGCCUCGCUCUCCCCCAGGGAUGCUGCAAGAGCGGCGCCUCCUCCAUUUGCAGCGGCUGGGAGCUGAGAGAUAUCAGUGGCCGGGACUCCCCGCGCAUCCCCCGGGCCGGCACAGCCAUGAACCCGCCGUCCGAUGGAGCCCAGAGCCGGGACCAGAACGGAUGCCGGGGAGCCGAGGGCGGGCAGGACACGGCCGGGGAAACAGCUGUGCGGGAGCCGGGGACCAGGGACAGGGAGGAGUCGGUGGAGGAGAAGCUCCGGAGUCUGACCUUCCGCAAGCAGGUGUCAUACAGGAAAGCGAUUUCCCGAUCGGGGCUCCAGCAUUUGGCUCCUGCGCACUGCCCAAUCUCCAAUGGUCCGGCCAAGGAACUGAGAAUGACCCUGGACUGGACAGAGAAUGCAGUGAACGGGGAGCACCUCUGGCAGGAGACAAAUGUAUCUGGAGACCUGUGUUACCUGGGGGAGGAGAACUGCCAAGUCAAAUUUGCUAAGUCGGCGCUUCGGAGGAAGUGUGCAGCCUGCAAAAUAGUGGUCCAUACGGCCUGCAUGGAGCAGCUGGACAAGAUUAAUUUUAGAUGUAAACCCACUUUCCGCGAUGGAACCUCUCGGACCCCGAGGGAGAAUCUGGUCAGACAUCACUGGGUCCAUCGACGGAGGCAAGAGGGCAAAUGCAAGCAGUGCGGCAAGGGGUUCCAGCAGAAGUUUUCAUUCCAUAGCAAAGAGAUCGUGGCUAUUAGCUGUUCCUGGUGCAAACAGGCGUUCCACAACAAGGUCACCUGCUUCUUGUUGCAUCACAUAGAGGAGCCGUGCUCCCUGGGAGCCCAUGCAGCUGUCAUAGUCCCUCCAAGCUGGAUCAUUAAGGUGAAGAAACCUCAGGUUAACACAAAAAACUCCACAAGAAGGAAGAAGAGGACUUCGUUCAAGAGGAGGGCCAGCAAAAAAGGUUUGGAGGAUAUCAAAGGCAGGGCCUUUAUAAUAAAACCAAUCUCUUCCCCGCUCAUGAAACCAUUGCUGGUCUUCGUGAACCCAAAAAGUGGAGGGAACCAGGGUACGAAAGUUCUCCAGAUGUUUAUGUGGUACUUGAAUCCUCGGCAGGUCUUUGAUCUCUCUCAGGAAGGACCACGGGGAGCGCUGGAGAUGUACAGAAAAGUGCCAAAUCUUCGUAUCCUUGCCUGUGGUGGUGACGGGACGGUGGGCUGGAUCCUUUCUGUCUUGGAUGAGCUUCAGUUGAACCCUCAGCCUCCUGUAGCAGUUUUACCCCUUGGCACAGGGAAUGACCUCGCCCGCACCCUUAAUUGGGGAGGGGGGUACACAGAUGAACCCGUGUCAAAGAUCUUGUGCCACGUAGAGGACGGAACCAUUGCCCAGUUGGACCGCUGGAACCUGCACGUGGAGCGGAAUCCCGACUUACUCCACGAGGAACUGGAUGAUGGGACACAUAAGCUUCCACUUAACGUAUUCAAUAACUACUUCAGCCUGGGGUUCGACGCCCACGUCACGCUGGAGUUCCACGAAUCUCGGGAAGCAAAUCCUGAGAAAUUCAACAGUCGCUUUCGUAAUAAGAUGUUCUAUGCAGGGGCCGCUUUCUCCGAUUUUUUGCAAAGAAGCUCCAGGGAUUUAUCAAAGCACGUGAAGGUUGUGUGCGACGGCACCGACCUCACCCCGAAAAUCCAAGAGUUGAAAUUCCAGUGUAUUGUCUUCUUGAACAUCCCCAGGUACUGUGCUGGCACAAUGCCCUGGGGUAAUCCCAGCGACCACAGAGACUUCGAGCCCCAGAGACAUGAUGAUGGUUAUAUAGAGGUGAUCGGAUUUACUAUGGCUUCUCUGGCUGCCCUGCAGGUUGGAGGUCAUGGAGAGAGGCUGCACCAGUGCAGGGAGGUGACCUUGUUGACGUACAAGGCCAUCCCUAUGCAGGUAGAUGGAGAGCCAUGUCGACUUGCACCUUCCCUCAUCCGGAUAUCCCUAAGGAAUCAGGCCAACAUGGUGCAGAAGAGCAAGCGGAGGACUUCCAUGCCCUUACUUAAUGACCCCCAUUCAGUGCCGGAUCGCCUGCGUAUUCGAGUGAACAGGGUCCGCCUGCAGGAAUACGAGGGGAUGCAUUAUGAAAAGGACAAACUCCGAGACGCCUCUAUUCCCCUGGGUAUCAUUGUGGUACGGGGAGACUGUGACCUAGAGACCUGCAGGAUGUAUAUUGACCGCCUCCAAGAGGAUCUACAUUCUGUGACACCCCACCGAGAUCACUGCCAGGAUCACGAUAGCUCCUUCCCGCGGUUGCUCUCUGCUCAGCGACUCAACCCUCGUUGGUGCUUCCUAGAUGCUACCUCUGCUGACCGGUUUUAUCGUAUCGACAGAUCUCAGGAACAUCUGCAUUUUGUCACUGAGAUUUCCCACGAUGAGAUCUUCAUUCUUGACCCUGAAGCUGAUGGGACCCCCCAGGGCAGCACUGGAAUGGGAAUGCCAGACCUUGUGGUGGAGCAGCCAUCUGGGCCAUCAGAAUGGUGGACCCCAACGUGCCGUAAGAGGAUAGUAAGUGACAGCUGUGUGCCAGGAUGGGGGUCUCUGCAAUAUGAAACAUUAGACAAACGGCAAGACUUGUCCCCAUCUAGUGCACUACAGUCACCGGUCUCUGUGGAUGAGCAAGCACUCGCAGAAGCAGUGGCAGCGGGGGAUCUUGGCAAGGUCAUGGAGUGUUGUAAGAAGGGAACAAGUCUGCGCAUCCAGGGGCCCGAGAAAUGCUCUCUGCUCCACUUAGCGGCACGGGCCGGGCACUGCGAGAUAGUGACCUACAUCCUACAGAAUGGGCCUGUGGAUUUGCUCGAGAUGCCAGACAGAGCCACCGGGGAGACUGCGCUGCACAAAGCUGCUUUCCACGGCCACCGGCGGGUUUGCCAAAUCCUAGUAGAUGCCGGCGCGUGCGCAUUAAAGAAGGACGCCAAGGGCAAGACUCCUUACGACAAAGCUCAGGAGGCAGGGGACUCUGAACUUGCAUCCUACUUGGACACGUGUCAAACCAAGCAACUUCUUUCCAAUGAAGACCUUGAGACCGCAGUUUGAUGUUGGCAGCAGAUGAGGAGAAACUUCAGAGAGGAGAGAACCUCAACAAUCUGGAGAAGGUCGUCCCAAGAGGAAGAAACUGGGGAACAGAGGCAUCCCUCCCCUCAUGCAAAAUAACCAGUGGAGGGUGUAUUGUCCAGUUUCGUAAGGGCUACCAAGUAUUGCCAAUGAAAUGCCAACCUCUUGAUGGAGGUGGAAGUUGGGUUUGGAAAGGAAGAAAUGGGGCUGACCAUUCACUUCACGUGGAACCUUUUUCUGUUUCCCAACCAGAAGCAUGAUCCUGUCCAGUGUCUAUCUCCUCAUUUCGGUCAAAACUCCCACAGCCCGGUCAGAAUGAUGAACUUGUAGGCCUGCACUGUGUUAAUAAGCCUCACUUCUGUUUGGUAUCUGCAGUGCCGAGUUAUUAAACAUUUAUGAGACGGGAUUCUAAUCUCACAGUUGUGUGAUUAAACCAGUUCUUUUGAGUAUUA